UGCUUCGUCACUAAAGAAAGGCACGUUUUAGAACAUACAGUACGUAUUUGUCUUCACUAGCACUUUAAAGUUAAAAUCAUCAUGCGAGAAAUAAUUCAUAUUCAAGCGGGACAAUGUGGGAAUCAAAUUGGCUCCAAAUUUUGGGAGGUGAUUUCAGAUGAACAUGGAAUAGAUCCUAACGGCAUGUACAAAGGAGAUUUGGACCUUCAGUUAGAACGGAUAAAUGUGUACUUCAAUGAGGCACAAGGGGCCCACUACGUCCCCCGGGCAGUUUUGGUGGACUUGGAGCCGGGUACCAUGGACUCGAUAAGAUCAGGCCCUUACGGGAAAAUUUUCCGACCCGACAACUUUGUGUUUGGACAGAGUGGCGCAGGAAACAUUUGGGCCAAAGGUCAUUACACAGAAGGGGCAGAGCUUGUGGAAGAAGUUAUUGACGUGAUCCGGAGGGAGUCCGAAAACUGUGACUGUCUCCAGGGGUUCCAGUUGACUCAUUCCCUGGGUGGUGGUACCGGAUCCGGAAUGGGAACUCUUAUCAUUUCAAAAGUCCGGGAAGAAUACCCCGACCGGAUUAUGAGUACCUAUUCUGUCAUGCCAUCCCCAAAGGUGUCGGAAGUUGUGGUAGAACCCUACAAUGCUGUCCUGUCUACGCACCAGUUGGUGGAGAACACAGAUGAAACCUUCUGCAUCGACAACGAGGCUCUUUACGAUAUCUGCUUCCGCACGCUAAAACUAUCUACACCGACAUACGGUGACUUGAACCAUCUCGUCUCCACUACAAUGUCUGGUGUGACCACGUGUCUCAGAUUCCCUGGUCAACUGAACGCUGACCUCCGUAAACUUGCGGUCAACAUGGUGCCGUUCCCCCGCCUACACUUCUUCGUGCCUGGUUUCGCCCCUCUGACAUCACGUGGCAGUUUGCAAUAUCGCACCCUAUCCGUGCCCGAGUUGACAACUCAGAUCUUUGACGCCAGGAACAUGAUGGCGGCGUGUGAUCCACGCCACGGACGCUAUCUGACAGUCGCCGCCUUUUUCAGAGGCCGUAUGUCAAUGAAGGAGGUUGAGCAACAAAUGCUCAAUAUCCAAAAUAAGAAUUCGGGUCGAUUUGUGGAAUGGAUUCCUUGUAACGUAAAGACCGCCGUUUGCGAUGUCCCGCCAAAGGAUCUCAAAAUGGCCGCUACGUUUGUUGGCAACACCACUGCGAUCCAGGAGAUCUUCAAGCGAGUGUCUGAGCAGUUCACGCUGAUGUUCAGGCGCAAGGCCUUCCUCCACUGGUUCACGGGCGAAGGCAUGGACGAACUGGAGUUCACAGAGGCUGAGUCCAACAUGAACGACUUGGUAUCGGAGUACCAACAGUACCAGGAUGCUACCAUCGACGAAGACGAGGACGACGCUCAGUAUGAGGAGGAAGAGGAAGGUGAACCGGACGAGCAAUAAUUCAUAGGUCAAAGAUCAAAGGUCGAUUGAAAUUGAAAUUUCUGAAACUAAACAGGUUCCAUAAAUGAAAACGUCCUUUAUUUCUCAACUAUAUAUAUGCAAACAUGGGCUAAUUUGAGAGAUUUUUACCUGCUGGAAAAUAUAGAAUUAUCAAUGAAACUACGUGAAUUUUAAGUUCAAAAGAACAUGUGAGAUGGCUAUUCUAUGCAUUGAACACGUACGAUACACACACAUAUUUAAAUGUUUCUAUGAGGUUUGACCUUUUCUCAGUUUGCAUUCAAAUAGCUUUUUGGCAUCUCCGUUGUAGUGUCGAGAUACAAACCAAAAAAGCCUUUAUAAACAAAUAACAGCCAAGUCAUCUAAAAAAUCGACCUUGUUCCUGCAUAAAAUGGCUGUUCCACCAGUUGGUAAAACAGUUUAUAAUGCAUGAUGAACUAAAAAAAAGCUUCCGUCGCGCAUCAUGGAAUGGGCCUACGUUUGAAUGGAAAUGUGUUAGUAACAAUUAUAAAUGUUAUAAAGAUUCAUUUUAAUUGCAAUAAAAUUUGUUUCUGUUGUUAUAAAGCUAUUUUUAAUUUGCUAUGGUUGUAAACAUGUGAUUUUGUUUUUGUUGAAUUAAAAUGUUUAAAAC